CAACAUGAAGAGAUAGGCGCAAAGGUAGUGCCCACGAAACCAUCCUCGUGCGUUACCGCAUCGGCAUGCUGAUUACAAUCGGACUCGAACUCCAAAAUUCGUAUUCAUCCGCACAAAAAACAAUAUCAUAUGUCCACAUUGGUACUUUAGUUGACAGUACACAUCGCUACAAACACCUUCUUGCAUGGUUCUCUAACGUGUUGUUCGACAAGGCCACCAAAGCUGCUAAAGCAACAAUAAUAUGGUGGCCGCAAGGAGCUUUGCUGCAGAUGUUUCAGAGUGCAAUCCUGUUUUUCUAUCAAAACAAGUAUGUUUUGUUUCACAGUCAUGAAGAGUCUCUUGGACCCGCGAAUGCAGUUAAGUGUAGCCUACUUAGCUGUAAAGUUCCAACAACCGGCAAAGAAAGUGUCGCAAAUAGAUUGACCCUGACCCUGUAAACUGAUAAAAUAGUGGUAGAGAAAUCCCCCGACCCGUUGACUUCAACGUUCACACUCCCUCCGCCGGUUUUACACUUGUUACUGCACAAAUCCAAACACCUUCUCAUUUGAAGUAGUCGGGUGUACACCGGAAGGAACAGCUUACUUUGCUUUACAGAAAAAUUCGGUUUUCAACGAUUCAUCAUCGAAGCCGUAUUGGAAUGAAAAUAUACGCGGCAGGAUUUGUGUUUUGCGUGGUCUGGUCAGCAGAGUCGUUUCCGACUGCCGGCCGGAUUCGGCGACAGCCUUUCUUCACAAAAUCGGUUGUUCAAACAGGAAAUGCAGACUUUGACGCUGUCUUGGAAGCGCCUGUCUCUCCGUAUGAGCAGAUCGGAAUAGAGAAAGAAGCUCUUGCUCUCGGCGUGGAUGUCGAUGCCGUCGCGACCUACAUUGGCAG